GGAAUUUGAACACCGACUGUAAUCGCAGACUGAACGCAACUGGCUCUGACUGGACGCGUUUGAGCGCGAUCAGUCAUAAGUAUCAAUCUACAUUCAUAAUACAUACAAUCGUUAGGUGUGUCUGCCGCUUAAGUUGUUUACAUGUAUUAUUAUUGUAAUGUUAUGUGCUUUGAGACAUGAGGUCGUUUAAUGCUGUCUCUUGUAACGCUUUGCCAAGAGCAGCUGUGUGUAUCCGUUUGUGUUUAUUGUAGGAGGCGUAGCUUUGGAGACGUUCUGAAGGGAGGGUGGGAUGUUAUGAUUUGAAAGCUAUAGCUUGCUAUUGCUAGCCUCUCUGCAAAUGUCCUAUUGCACCUUUAAAUCCUUCAGCUCAUUCAGUUCAUGGUCCAGUAUUGUUUGUGCUAUGCACGUUGUUCGUUUGUGUUUCUUUGUAUUGUAUUACCUCAGUUUACUAUAAACCAUGCUUCUAUUUUGAACCCUUAUGAACCCUUAUAUUGGCUUCCAAAGAUUAGAUAAUAAAUAGUGUUAUCAAAUCAUUACUCACUGGUUACUACAAUAGAUCUAUUUUGAUAUUCAUUGUUGGGAGUAACACACAUUACAUCACAUUUCUCACAUUCUUAAAGUAAUAUGUUACCCUAUUUUAAACUUAAUACCAUAAAACACCAUAAUACCUAAAUAUUUAAACAAGUUGAACACAUACAUUACCUUAAUUUAUUUACUGAUAUCAACUGAAAAGCUUUCUCGUCCCCACAGCAUUGUUACAUAGACAUAUGCAAUGCAUGCUUUGAGUCAGUCAGGGAGAUUUUCCCUCUCUCUUCAUCCAGUUUGCUUUCAAAUGUCCACUAAUAAUGUCCUUCAUUACAUAUGAUGCUUAAAUUGUCUCUCUAUUUCCAUUAGUGUCUGAACGUUUGCACGAACCUUCAGCUGCUACCUAGUGGAGACCAAACUUAAAAGGUUUUUGCGUUUUUCAGUGAUGGUUGAGUACAACUGAACAAUUGAUUCAUCAUCUGCUCAAUGAUUUGUAUUUUAAUCCUUUCAGCAUGAAUACCUGGGUAAGUCGCUUUGCAUGAAAUAAUCUGCUAGCCUUGUGGAGUAUGUUUAUAGUGGAUGGAUGCACUUUUAUCAGCUUCAAACUCAUUGGUUCUGUUUACCGCCUUUAAAGCUUGGAAGCGGAAGGAUAUUUAUCAAUAUAACUCCUAUUGUGUUCAUCAGAAAGAAGAAAGUCAUAUAAACCAGCUUCCAGAGAAUAAAUAUGCCCUUGUUUUGUAGUUUAUUUAUUUGGGUUAUGUAUUAUGUUUUAGAGAAAGAGUUAUUCAUUAUUCAUUUUGUUUAGCUGUUGAAACAGGACUAAGUCAUAAAUCAUAUUUUUUAUAUAAGCUUGAGUUUGUGAAUGACGUCACUGUUUUCUCCUGUUUUAUAGACAAAAUUAACUAAUUUAAUAAUUGAUGAUCUUUACAACAGAACUGAAUAAACUCUGAACUGACUUCUGCUGAACAAUGACACUAUUUUCUUCAAAAGCUGUAGUACAGUGGAAAGAACUCUGAUCAUUGAAUCAUUUUCCUGUUAUCAAUGUAAAGCUGCUUUGAAACAAUCUGUAUAGUAUAAAGUGCUAUAGAAAUAAAGGUGACUUGACUUUUCAAAUGUGUAUUUGCAGGGAUGGUUUAGUAUUGUAGUCACAGAGGUUAAAGUUAAUAUCCAUAAAAAAUAUGAAAUGUACUUUAUUUUUUUUGUCUGUAAUAAAUAUUGUAAUAUUUGUUGCAGUGUCUUGUUGCAAGGCUGCUGAUUUCUAUGUUGUAUUGGACUUUUUAUAUUAGCAAAAGAUGUAAGGUCUUGUAAAUGAUGUAAAUCAUUUCAACUCAAUAUUGUCAUGUCUGUUUUUUAUUUAUUUGUAAAUACUUUAACACAAACCAACUAAUAGCACAAACAUCACAGAAAUCAAGAAGUUCCUUAUGAAUAGGCCUUCUUACUGCUGUUUUUCCAUUGAAAUGUCACUUCCUGGAGGAUGAUGAUGUCAUUACAGAAUUGGAAUUUGUUAGUUAAAAGAAGUGACAUUUUAUAUCAUUUCAUCAGCUGAAGAAGAUGACAGAGGCCAAAUAUCCAAAACAUUCUUUAAACAUGAAUCUUGACACUUUAAUUCAAUCACUUCAGCCCUAUUGUCAACUGUCUUCACUUGUGGCCUUUUAGAAGUCUUGUGGUUGGCACUUCCUCUCAUUGCUUUUCCUGUUCUUAGGUAACAGGCCUGCAGUGCAUGUGCACACAGUUGGAUUAUACAGAUUGGGUUUACAUACAGUAUAUAGAUUUUUCUGUCUGAAUUAAUCGUGAAUCAACAAUCCUCUUUUGCAAGAAUGUCUGCUUCUGUGGCUGUUUCAGUUUUAUCCUUAUAAAUGAGUUGAGGAACAUCACUUUUCUUAUCAUACCAAACAAGAUGGCACUGAGACGAGUGCAAAGAGAAGAUUCAGAAUCACGCAGUUUACUCCACGAUCAAGAUGACACCUUCACAUCUACAUCUGAAUCCACUGGCUCCACUAAAGACCUUCGAUUUCUUAUACUGGGAGGUGAUGAAGACCUUAUGGACCACACAUGUGAUAUCAUUCUCAGGAAAACAGCUGAAAGAGCUGAGUCUGAAACAUGGCACAGAAAAGGUCAUGUGUGUGGCAGAAAGAUCUCUGUGGUGAAAACACCUUCCACCUGGAUGAGUGACGUGGCAUCAUGCUGUUGCUUCUCCUCAAGAGUCAAAUCUAUCAAGGAUCAAAUGCCAGAUUAUGCAUCUCUGGUCUUUCCUGGACCUCAUGCCUUUCUUUUAGUUACUGACAACAGGGAAGUGACUUGGAGGGAACAAUACCUUUUAAAAGCAAUCGCUAAAUUGUUUAGCAAAGAAGCCUUAGAUUAUGCUAUGCUAUUGAUCAUUGGGAGAAAUGAACCAAAAGGGAUCAGUAGUGUCAGGAAGUACGUGAGAAGGGUUUAUACAUUGGAGGACAAUGAGCAAAGCGUUCAGAGUCUGUUUAAAGAAAUUGAAACAAUGACACAAAACAAGGAAUCCACAUUCUUUAUUCAGCCUUCAUAUGAAAACCUCAUGAAAAAAGCAUUUUUAUCAUGGGAAAAGGAAAGACAUGAUGAAACACAAAAACUCCAUGCACAAGAGGUGACUGCACUAAAAGAAAGAUUGAGACUUACUGAAAGUAAUUUAAAGAAAGAAAUGGACACUUUGAUACAGUUAAAGAAAGACAAAUACAGUCAAGAGCAAGACCAGCAAGGGGCUUCAAGUGCUAAUAAAGAUCUGCUGUUUGAAGAAUAUGAAGCUUUUAAAGAAAACACCUUAACAAACAUGAUUUCAUUCAUCAUUGAUGAUUGUACUGAACGUGAGAAUAAACUGAAAGAACAGCUGGACACAUGUAGAAACAUGUGUUCAUCCAUGGUUGAUGAUUAUAUUCAUCGUGAGAGUCAGAUGAAGAGAGAUAAUGAAAAUCUCCAAAGAGAACUGGAGCAACUCAAACUCAAGGAAAGAGAGUGGGAACAGAAAAAGGACAGAAAAAAACAUGGCAUAACAUGGCCGGAGAUGAAUCUGAGUAGAAGAGAGAAGGAACUGGAGUCAGCAGAGAGAGGAACGGCAAAGAAAGAGCAAGACCUCCAGCCUAGUGGAGAACAGCGUGAUCUACACAGCAAAGUGGAGCUAACUUCCCAUGAGUGUGAAGGAGAACGAGAGCUGAAGAGCGAAGAUGAAGAUUCACCAGACAGUGGAUCACUUGACUUUGAAGGAUCAAAACCUGUAAGACGCAACAGCAACCAAUUCACUCCUCCAACUAUGACUGAAAGUGAUCACAAGCGUCUAAACAAACUCUGAAUGGACAGAUUUCAAUUGGAGGAUGUUCAGGUUCCUUUGACAUUUCACUUCAUCAUAAUUCAACAGAAGGCUCAAAAAGUGCCAGAGGUCAAAAAUCCAAAAUACAUGCAUGUGUGAAGCACACCACAGACUCCAAGCUGGUGGAUACAAUAAUAUGACAGUUUAAAACCUGCUUAAAAAAGAGAAUGAUGAAGUUGUCUUGUUAAGAUACUUAUCUAAAUCAUUCACAAUAUAUUCCUGUAUAUAUAUAUAUAUAUAUAUAUAUAUAUAUAUAUAUAUAUUUGUGUUGGAGACAUUUAUAAACAUUUAAGAAUAUUAUCUUAAUCUGUUACUAAUGUUUCCAUAAUAUUGAAGAGUAUAGUACAAGUGUAUUCAAAGUUUUGUAAAUAUAUAGGCUUUAUGAGUAAAUGUAGGAUGAAAAGAAUGAAAGAAUAUUUGAUGCAUUUGGAAACUGACUCAUAAAAUGUAUAAUUCCCAUCCCCAUGGAUGAACAUCUGGAAAAUAUGAAUGCUUUUAUUUGUGGAGUGCUGUCGUUUAUACCCUAAAGAUGCUCCUUAAAAUGAUAAAUAAAUUCUGAUAUAAUAUGUAAAUAUAUUGUUUAUUUUAGUGAUAUGUAAGUUGAUAAAAAUACAUUUCUUGUCAACACACCCAUUUGACAGUUUUAUGACACAAGUUUAAUGGUAUUUCAUGCAAAAUGCUCUAAAGAAUAUCGGCCCUGGGAGGUUAAAAAUUGUGUGAAGCAGUGUGGCCAUCUAGUGAAAACAUGUAGUAUUACAUUAACACUAUACUACAAUAGCACACUGAAGACAAGAUAUUCUUAUCUUUAAAUGAAAUAAUCCAGUGAUGCAAUUGCAAGUUAAUUGUAAUUUUAUGGUCAGGGAGGAGAGUGAAGACCGAAUAAAACCUUCUAUACACUCGGACUGUCAUUCUAAGGAGGGUAAAUUUUGCUGUUUUUUGGUAUAAUGUCACCAUCUACUAGAUCUAGAUCUUCAUCAUCAUCAUCAUCAUAAAAAAGUGUCAUCAUUUACUCACCAUCAUGUUGUUUCAAACCUGUAUGACUUUCUUUGUUCUGUAGAAUUCUAAAGGAUGUGUUCUAAAAGGACACAAAGUUGCCAAUAAAACUAUUAACAUGAAAUCAAAACAACCCAUAACUCCUUAGCAACCACCCAAACACUCUAGCAUCAGGGCAGUGACUUUCACAUGGACCUCUUUUUAAUUUUACCUCUCCUAGCAUUUGCAUUUAGCAUUAUGUCCUAAUAAAAGCAUUACAGUAUGUGCCAAUAAAAGGUGCUUUUUAUUACAAAAUAUACUAAUACAUAAAUAAAAUUACACUUUCUCAUUUUCCUAUUCUGUUCUGCAGUUUCACUUCUCUUGAUGUACACUAUUCUGGCUUACUUUUGAAAUGGGGUGUUAUGGCACUUCUAAUGUUUUUGGCUCUUUAAGGACCAGUUACUUCUGUUUUUCAUAAUUUGUCACAAAACAUCUGGCAAAUGAAUAAAUGUCAAAUGUAAAGUUCUUGUUUUUGGCUUUCCACAUGAUCUGUAUCUUUUGUUGCUAAA